CUUUGUUCGCCACCAUCGCUUCUUCGUCAGCCACUGUCCGCCGCGCCGACGUCCCCUUGCGAACUCGUUUGUUCUCGAUGCUACGUCAUGCCAAGUCCCCUCCUGACUUCAUCGCAAAAGCACUCCUGUCUCGACAUGCGCUCCGCGGCACUGCCUCGUUCCCCAACCAUUCUCUCCUCGCUCAACCCACGUCGACACCAACUUUCACGAGACUCGAACACAUCUCAUCGAACACAGAUCUUCCUCAUCAACAAUGGCAGACUUGUGGCAACCCGGCACAUACUACCCUCUGGGCUCGGUCGUGAUCUAUGAAGGAGCUCAGUACAAGAUCAUUCAAGCUCACACCUCGCAAUCUGACUGGACACCCCCUGUCACGCCUGCAUUGUGGGGCCGCAUGCAAGGCUCCGGCAACGCGAGCAACGCGGGUGGCUGCCAGGGGCAAGUGACCCAAAGCAACUCGGGCAGCUGCCAAGGCCACUCACAUCAAGGCAACUCGGGCAGCUGUCAAGGUCAGUCCUACCAGGGCAACUCGGGUAGCUGCCAGAAAGAAUCGUACCAAGGCAACUUGGGCAGCUGCCAAGGACAGGCAUACCAAGGCAGUUCCGGCAGCUGCCAGGGACAGUCCUACCAGUCCAACAGCAGCAGCAACUCCCAAGGACAAUCAUACCAGAGCAACUCUGGCAGCUACCAAGGACAGUCCUACUCGCAGAGCGGCGAGUGCGGUCAGUCGGCUUCGUUCAAGGACAAGAUCUUUGGUCGUUUCUCGUCUGACAAUGACAACAACAACAACGAGAACAAGGACGAGUCCUGGCUGAGCGAAGAGCGCAAGCAUCAGCUCGAGAUUGGUGGCGGCAUCGUUGCCGCUACUGCACUCGUCGGUGGCGGAAUCUGGGCCUACUCGGCUCACAAGAACAAGGAGGAAGAAGAGAAGAAAGCUUCAGCUUGGCGCAAUGCUCAAGUCUCCGAGCAGACCUACUUCCAAGGCGCUCAAGUCCGCUCAGAGACCUACACGUCCAACAGUGGCAUGCUGCCUGUCUACUGGGUCUUUGUCCAGAAUCAACAGAUUCCCGGCAAUGCCAUCCAAUGUGGCUCGGACAGCGGUGGACAGCCCCUCUAUGCUGCUCGCGCCUACUUCAAGCACGGCGUCCACAUUGGCAAGGCUGGCAAGCACCUCAAGAACGGUGUCUCCAUUCCCUGGGGCGGCCAGGAACACAAUGUCGAGAAAUUCGAGAUCCUCUGUGGCGAUGCCUCGAGAGUCCGCUGGAUCGAUCAGGAGGGCGACCUCAACAUCGAACCCAGCUUCCAGCCAGUGGAGGGUGGACGUGAUCACGACGGCCGUGCCAUCUUUGUCGCCCAAGUUAAGUACGAAGGCAGCGUUCAGGUCGGCAAGGUCGUCAUUGGCGAGCCUCACUGCAACCUUGCCUAUGGUGGCAAAGAGAUCAAUCAUGCUGGUGACUGGAAGGUCCUCGCCUACAACUAGAUCUCAGCUCGUGAAGCUGCUAAGGAAGAGAAAGCUCAGAAGUAGAGCCUGUGACUCAAUGCAAAGGCGAACAAGUAGACCUGACCGUGC